AUGAAGUACAAAGCAAAAAGUGAUGUGAUCAUACGUGAUAUAAAGAAAGAGUUAGAAUAUCUUGAUAAAAGAUAUGCAGUUGAAGAAGUUAAGUCUGAGUGCUCGGAGAAAUUAAGUGCUAAAUCAGUUGCGGAAAGUGUCUAUGUUUGUGAAGAGGCAGAAAUUCAAGCGGAAUUAGAAUUAUGUGUGUCUCGUCGCAAUGCUCAGUUGGCUGAAGUUGAGUACAGAGUAGUGUGUGAAGAAAGUAGUGAUAAGUUGUCAUCUAUUUCAGGUAGAAUACCUGGUGUACAGUUACAACAGAAAGUUCUUUCACAAGAACUCCUGCAACAAGAGACAGCAGAUUCUUUAAGUCGUGUCAAGCAGUACGUGGAAGAUCAGAACAAGGUACCAGAAUUUGAUCUCAACCCUUCUUUGGAACAAGCUAUGCCUGUCAUACAACCUCUUCGUAGUCAGCCCAGUGAUGCCAAGGCUAAUCCUGUGAGUAACAGUUGUUGUGGAGAAUUGUCGCGUUUCCUUUUGAAGAAGGAACUUUCCCUGGCACGUUUCAGUCCAUUUGAUGAUCGUCCUGAGUCUUAUGUGCCUUGGAAAACUACUUUUCAGCAGACCAUUCAAGAUCUGCAUGUUACGUCUUUGGAAGAAGUUGACCUUUUACUCCGGUGGCUGGGCCCUGAGUCGUCCAAAUUUGCACAGAGUAUAAGGACUUCCAAUAUACAUGAUCCAAGUAAGUGCAUCAAGUUGAUAUGGAAGAGGCUUGAAGAUAGAUAUGGCAGUCCUGAGAUUAUUGAAGCAUCUAUCAAGAAGAAACUAGAAAAGUUUCCUAAGGUUACGUUCAGAGAUCCCAAGAAACUGUAUGAUCUGCAUGAUCUUCUCUGCGAAGUACAGUCGCUUAAAGAAAAUCCACUUUACGAGAAACUGUUUGGACACUUUGACACAUCUGCAGGAAUAAACCCUGUGAUAAGCAAGUUACCUCCUUCAGUACAAGGAAAAUGGCGAGACAAAGCAUCCAACUACAAGAAAACACAAGACAAGACUUCAAAGCUAGAUAAAUUUAAAGUAACUACAAAGAAGACUGUAGUGCCUGAUGAAGAAGCCCUUAAAUGUAUAAUACAUGGGACCAACCAUUCUCUACAUGAAUGUAAAAGCUUUAAGUCAAAGUCUUUAGAAGAACGCAAGAAACUUCUGAAAGAAAAUAGAAUAUGUUUUAAGUGUUGCAUCUCGAAGAACCACUUAAGUAGAGAUUGUCCAGAGGACAUAACCUGUAAAGACUGUGGAAGUAAAUACCAUUGCACUGCUAUGCAUUUGAAGAAAUUUCAGUCUGUUCCUGAGACAAGUACUAAGGCUCAUGGCAGGGAGAAGCCGGAGCAGAGUGUUGUUAAAGAGUCAGUACGUGAACAAGCUUUAGAUGUGACCAACAAGAGUACUGGUGUAUGUGAGGAAUUUCCUGGAAAGUCUUGUGCUAAAAUUUUGCCAGUUUACGUUUUUCAUGAGAGUAACCCGAGGAAGCGUAUGAAGUCAUAUGUUAUAUUAGAUGAUCAGAGUAACAAAUCUUUAGCUAAAGGAGAGCUUUUAGAUUUCUUUGAUGUUCGCUCUGUGGCAGAGGAAUACAUCAUAACUAGUUGCUCUGGCCGUUCAGUUAUGACAGGAAGGAAAGCUGGUGGACUAUGCAUACAAGCUGUUGAUGGUAGUCUACAGAUGAGCCUUCCUACAGUCAUCGAAUGUGAUGAACUUCCUAAUAAUAGGACUGAGAUUCCAACUCCCAACAUUGCUCGACUUCAUCCACACCUCAAAGACAUUGGUUCAGAAAUUUCACCUCUUGAUGAUCAGGCUCAGAUUCAAUUAUUGAUUGGUAGAGAUCUACCCGAAGCUCACCAUGUACUAGAUCAAGUAACAGGUCCACCAGGUACACCCUUUGCCCAGAAGAUGAAUGUUUCACCAAACCAAAAUGAUGACGAACCUGGAAAAUCCACAGAAGACAAAAUGUUCUUGAAGUUAAUGGAGAAAGAAUUUGUCAAAGAACCAGCAGGUAACUGGAGUGCACCUUUACCUUUUAAGCCCUUAAAGAAAAGAUUACCGAACAAUAAAUCCAUGGCUGUGAGACGUGCCAAUAGCCUAGCCAAGAGUCUUCAGUUCAAUUCUGUUAAAAGAGAACAUUUCCUAGACUUUAUGAAAAAGCUUUUGGAAAGAGGUCAUGCUGAAAUAGCACCACCUUUGAAAGAAAAUGAAGAAUGUUGGUAUCUUCCAGUGUUUGGAGUGUAUCAUCCAAAGAAACCUAGUCGUAUCAGGUGUGUUUUUGACUCUGCUGCUAAGUUUAGAGGUACAUCAUUGAAUGAUGUGUUGAUGACAGGUCCUGACCUAAAUAAUUCUCUGUUGGGUGUACUUCUACGUGUUCAAAAGAAUAGAGUGAACCGUAUUCACAGGUCAACUAAGCCAGAGCAAUGGAAUUAUGUUCCUACAUCUGUGAAUCCAGCUGAUCGAGCAACUCGCUCUAUGGUGAAUGAUUUCUCGUGUGACGACAUAUGGCUGAAAGGACCUGAAACAUUCUUGAGUAGGCGUCAUGAUCUUGCUCAAGAAACUCCACAGCUAGUUCAACCAGAAGAUGAUAAGGAAGUAAGGCCAGAUGCUCUGGUAAAGGCAGCUAAAACCUGUGUGAUUGACAAUUUAUCAAUUGGGUGUCACAGAUUUGAAAGGUUCUCUGAGUGGUAUCGCCUAGUAAAUACUGUUGCUUUAUUGCAGAGAUGUGCAUGUGCCAAAUCAUUUUAUAAAGAGCUGAUAGAAGUGUAG